CAAAACCUACCAGAUUGUGUACUGUCCGCGGCUCCUCCUCUUAGUAUCACAGCGACGAUGUCCCGGGGCUGACCGAACAGCACGUUACAUGGAUGUGACAGCGGGGACCUGAGGAGGUGCAAUCCCUGAGCGUCAUCAGGUGACACAGGUCAUCAUGUCGGGCUUGCAGGAUGAGAGCUCCGUGCGGGUCGCCCUCCGAAUCCGACCCCAGCUGGCAAAAGAGAAAAUUGAAGGUUGCCAUAUUUGCACGUUUGUUACACCUGGUGAACCUCAAGUAAUGCUGGGAAAAGACAAAGCCUUUACGUUUGAUCAUGUGUUUGAUAUUGAUUCAAGGCAAGAAGAAAUCUAUAUGCAGUGUACGGAAAAACUUAUUGAAGGCUGCUUUGAAGGAUACAAUGCCACCGUUUUUGCUUAUGGACAAACUGGUUCUGGUAAAACCUACACUAUGGGAACAGGGUUUGACGUGAAUAAUACAGAGGAAGAGCAAGGCAUGAUCCCACGUGCAGUCCAACAUCUUUUCAAACUUAUCAACGAGAAAAAACAGGCAGCCUUGGACCAAGGGCUUCCUCCGCCUGAUUUUAAAGUUAAUGCUCAAUUUUUAGAGCUUUAUAAUGAAGAAGUUCUUGACUUGUUUGAUACAACAAGGGAUAUUGAUGCCAGGAAUAAAAAGUCAAACAUCAAAAUUCAUGAAGAUGCUAAUGGAGGUAUAUACACUGUUGGAGUUACAACUCGUUGUGUUAUCUCAGAAGCCGAGAUGGUACAGUGUUUAAAGUUGGGUGCCUUAUCUAGAACUACUGCCAGUACGCAAAUGAAUGUUCAGAGCUCCCGCUCACAUGCCAUUUUUACCAUCAAUUUAUGUCAGACUCGUGUUUGUCCAAAAGUUGACCUGGACAAUGACAUUGAUAACAGAAUAGCAUCUGAGUCUAAUAAAGGUAAUGAAUUUGAAACGCUUUCGGCCAAGUUCCAUUUUGUUGAUCUGGCUGGGUCAGAGAGACUAAAACGUACAGGAGCUACAGGAGAGAGAGCGAAAGAAGGGAUUUCAAUUAACUGCGGUCUGUUAGCCCUUGGGAAUGUUAUAAGUGCAUUAGGAGAUAAAACUAAGAGGGCCACUCAUGUGCCUUACAGGGAUUCUAAAUUAACGCGGCUACUUCAGGACUCCCUGGGAGGCAAUAGCCAAACAGUCAUGAUUGCAUGCGUAAGUCCUUCAGACAGAGAUUUCAUGGAAACAUUGAACACCCUUAAAUACGCCAACCGAGCACGAAACAUCAAAAACAAAGUUAUGGUUAACCAAGAUCGAACAAGUCAACAGAUAAAUGCAUUGCGAAAUGAAAUAACGCGACUUCAGAUGGAACUCAUGGAGUACAAAACGGGUAAAAAAAUUAUUGAUGAAGAGGGCAUUGAAAGCAUAAAUGAUAUGUUCCAUGAAAAUGCAAUGCUUCAGACUGAAAACAACAACUUGCGCAUGAGAAUAAAAGCGAUGCAAGAAACCAUCGACGCUCUGAGAAACAGACUCACGCAACUGAUGAGUGACCAGGCAAAUCAGAUUAUUGCCAGAGCAGGAGAUGGAAAUGAAGAAAUAAGCAACAUGGUUCACAAUUAUAUCAAAGAGAUUGAAGACUUACGAGCAAAACUGUUGGAAAGUGAAGCUGUGAAUGAAAACCUAAGAAAGAGCUUAUCACGAGCUUCCUCAAGGACGUCAUAUUUUACUGGUCACUCUCCCUUCCCCACGUCCAUAAUGCCAGAAAAAGAGACCAAUGAAGUUCUUGAUCUGGCUAAAAAGGAUUUGGAAAAAUUGAAAAAGAUAGAGAAAAAGAAGAAGAAGAGUGUUGUCAAAGAAGAGAAUCAAGAGAACCCAGACAACGAGAAGUCAGAAGAGAAGGGAAUUGCUGAAGGGGAAAACCAUGAGAUGCAUGAAGGAAGCGAUCGCGAAGAUGAUGAUGAAGAAGAGGAAGAGGAGGAGGAUGCAGAUGCUGCUGAGAGCUCAGAUGAAUCAGAUUCUGAGCUGGAUGAAAAAGAGAAUUACCAGGCUGAUCUAGCCAAUAUUACAUGUGAAAUUGCUAUAAAGCAGAAACUUAUUGAUGAAUUAGAAAACAGCCAGAGAAGGCUUCAUACCCUGAAACAGCAGUAUGAGGAGAAGCUGAUGAACCUGCAGCAUAAAAUCCGGGAUACACAACUAGAACGUGACCGUGUGCUUCAAAACAUGGGUUCAAUGGAAUCCUGCACAGAAGAAAAAUCUAAAAAAACUAAGGCUGAAUAUGAAAAGAAACUUCAAACAAUGCAUAAAGAGCUUCAGAAACUGCAGGCUGCUCAGAAGGAACACGCUCGCCUCUUGAAAAACCAAUCACAGUACGAGAAACAGAUGAAGAAAUUGCAGCAAGAAGUAACAGAAAUGAAGAAAACGAAGGUUCGCCUAAUGAAACAAAUGAAAGAAGAACAGGAGAAGGCUCGAAUGACUGACUCUCGUAGAACUAGGGAAAUUGCUCAACUCAAGAAAGACCAGAGGAAACGAGAUACUCAACUUAGACUUUUGGAAGCACAGAAAAGACAACAAGAGGUUGUACUACGGCGAAAAACUGAAGAGGUUUCUGCACUUCGCCGGCAAGUAAAACCAAUGUCUGAUAAAGUAGCAGGAAGAGUGUCCCGUAAAAUCAGUUUACCUGAGACGGUUUCCGAACAUGCUACAAACAUAUCAGAUGAACAUGAUGUUACAAAGUCAGGAGUCCAACAAAGAAUGAGAAUUCCUGUAGCUAGAGUUCAGCCUGCCACAUCCACUACCUUAAAUGGAACAAGGAAAAAGCAUCAAAGAAAAGUGACAAGCAUUUACAUUUCAAAGGCAGCCAGGCAGAAGUGGCAGUCUCUUGAGCGCAGAAUUUCAGACAUUGUGAUGCAGAGGAUGACGAUCUCCAAUAUGGAAGCUGACAUGAACAGACUACUAAAGCAACGUGAAGAACUUACGAGAAGAAAAGAGAAGGUCACAAAGAAAAGAGACAGAGUUAUAAAGGAUCCCGGAGACUCAGAGAGAAAUAUCCAUAACCUCAAUGAGGAAAUUGAAUCACUAAGUGCAAAUAUUGAUUACAUCAAUGACAACAUUUCUGAAUGUCAAGCCAACAUCAUGCAGAUGGAAGAAGCAAAGGAAGAAGGUGAUACUCUGGAUGUAACUGCUGUCAUCAGUUCCUGCACGCUAACAGAAGCUCGGUACCUCCUUGAUCAUUUCCUUACUAUGGCAGUUAGCAAGGGUCUUCAGGCAGCCCAACGAGAAGCUCAAAUUAAAGUCUUGGAAGGACGUCUUAAACAAACCGAAAUAACCAGCUCAACCCAAAAUCAGUUGCUGUUUCACAUGCUAAAGGAAAAAGCAGAACUGAAUCCUGAACUGGAUGCUCUGUUGGGCCACGCCUUGCAAGACCUAGAUAGCGUUUCUUUGGAAAAUGCAGAAAAUAGCAGUGAUGAGGAAGGUUCAUUACAGAGUCCAGGAUCGGAAGGCAGUUCGUUGUCAUCAGACCUCAUGAAAUUGUGUGGGGAAGUCAAGCCCAAGAGUAAGGCUCGGAGGAGAACAACCACCCAAAUGGAGCUGCUUUAUGCCGAUAAUAGUGAUGCAUCCCCAGACAUCGUCAUUGAAGAGAACUGUUUGCCCAGUCAUCUGCCGCCAGUUUCAGAAGCACAAGAGACUGGAUCGAAUAUGGAGUCAAGUGGCAGUACAGUUAGGGAGAAAGAUCUUCCGCUUACAAAUUCUGGCUUAUCUUCUAAACUAGGCAGCAUAUCAAAGCAAAUGCCUUUGUCAGAAAAACGAGCACCUGAGCCAUCACCAUUAUCACGCAGGAAAACCUAUGAAAGAGGUGGAGAUAAGACCACAAAAAACAAGGAACAGAAAUUCUCAGAUUCGGGAACAUCAGAGGCUAGUCUGUCACCUCCUUCUUCCCCAACAAGCCGCUCCCGUAAUGAAAAGAAUGUAUUUAGUCGUCUCACAGUUUCUCAGGGAAACGCACCAUUUCAGCAGGAUAAGUCUGAUGAGAGUGAUUCAUCUCUGUCCGAGGUACACAGGGGCAUAAUUAAUCCAUAUCCCAAUUCUAAACUCAACAAGACUUCACUUCUUCAAUGCAUCCACGUAGCUGAAGGGCACAACAAGGCUGUGCUUUGUGUGGACACUACUGAUGAUCUCCUAUUCACCGGCUCUAAAGAUCGUACUUGUAAAGUAUGGAAUCUCGUCACUGGACAAGAAAUUAUGUCUCUGGGAGGUCAUCCCAAUAAUGUGGUAUCUGUGAAGUAUUGCAACUACACAAGUCUUGUGUUUACUGUUUCAACAUCUUAUAUUAAGGUGUGGGACAUCAGAGACUCUGCUAAAUGCAUUCGAACACUUACGUCAUCUGGUCAGGUGAUGGCUGUGGAUUCAAGUGUUGGAGGUCAGAACAGGACCGUUACAAUACCCCCAGGUGAACAUCAGAUAAAUCAAAUUGCACUAAAUCCAAUAGGCACUUUUCUGUACGCAGCAGCUGGAAAUUCAGUUCGAAUUUGGGACCUCAAAAGGUUUCAGUCUACUGGAAAAUUAACUGGUCAUAUUGGUCCUGUUAUGUGUCUUACUGUUGACCAAAUUGCUAACGGACAAGAUCUAAUAAUCACAGGCUCCAAAGAUCAUUACAUUAAGAUGUUUGACAUUACAGAAGGUGCUCUUGGUGCAGUUAGCCCUACGUAUUGUUUUGAACCUCCUCAUUAUGAUGGCAUUGAAGCACUGAUAGUGAGUGGAGACAACCUGUUCAGCGGUUCACGAGACAAUGGCAUAAAGAAAUGGGAUCUGUCACGGAAAGACCUUAUUCAGCAAGUUCCUAAUGCACAUAAGGACUGGGUUUGUGCCCUUGGGAUUGUGCCUAACUGCCCUGUUGUUUUAAGUGGCUGCCGAGGAGGCAUUUUGAAACUCUGGAAUGUGGACACUUUCUCCCCCAUCGGAGACUUAAAGGGGCAUGAUAGCCCUAUCAAUGCGAUCUCCACAAACUCCAGUCAGAUUUUUACAGCAGCAGAUGAUCAUACUGUGAGGAUUUGGAAGGCUCAUGGCUCACUGGAUGGACAUAUUUCAGAUGCUGGGGACACAAGUGAAGAUGUUGCCAGCAAUUAAGCUUAAAACUGGAAGGCCGUCUUAAGAAGAUACUGUGAUUAAAUGUCUGUUUACUGUUUUGACACAUUUGGGCAUUUACUAGUUGAUGAUAACUGGAAUGAAUUUACUUAAACUAACUGGAAAUUGUGUUCUGUAUUCUAAAGCGCUAUUCAUGGCCUAGUAUGUAAACUUGUAUACUAACCUAUAAAUUCCUACAGGUACACACUGCAUCAGACACCUUGGUCUUCAUUCUAGCAAAGCUUGUGUUCAUGUUAUUUAUUGUCUUAAAUAUAAAUAUAUUUUUUGUUUUUAGCUUUUGCUCACAAAAGCUAGGCUCAAUUGUGUUACCGUGAAGCUAUUAUUGUGUUAAAGCAAAUAUAGCAUAUGAUGUUACUUGAAGUAUAUCUACGCAUAAAUGGAUGAGAGCGAAAAAAUGUGUGCCUGUAGUUUUCACAAAUAUAAACUGCCUGAAGCUGUGGUGUUUAAAUAUUGUACACUCUUGACCAAAGUUGUCUUCUGUUUGUUUGUUUUUGCCCAUAAUUUGAUUGGCAGUAAUUAUCAUUACACAUCUCCUCUUUCCUAUCUAAUCUCUCACUCUCUUUCCUAUCUAAUUUCUCACUAUGUUCUUGCCAGAAGAAAACCGUAUGUUGUGUGUUAAGUGUCCCACUGUCUUAUACAAAUAUUAUAAAUUAUUUUUUUUCUUAUUUUUUUAACUUGAUUUUAUUUCAUUUUGAAGUUGUUUUUUUUCUCCUCUCGCUUGUCUAAUUUGAUAUGCUGCUAAAAUAUUUUAAGUAUUGUUUAUUUUUUUCACUUAACAGAAUAUUCAUGUGUUGUAGACAAAGCAUUGUAAAUAAUUUUGCUGUAAAAAGAUCUUUGGUUGCUCCUACCAUGAUUUUAAGAUUAGUUUGUGGAAAUUUGGAAAGAACUUUUAUUCAUCUUGCUGAUUUUUUUAAUCUUAUUUUGUAAAUUUGACAAAAUCAAAUUUAAUUUAGGUUAAUAAAAUAUUUGUGCAUAUUGGGUUUGUAAAUGAGCUUGUAUUCAAUCACAAUCAAAACUUGUGCGCUUUAGUUAAGCAAAAGCAUGAAUAAACACAUGCACAAAUAA